AUGACCACUAGGAAAGAAAGAAAAGCCGCAAAAAAGGCUGCCGAAGUCGCAUUCUACGAAGAAUCAUUUUCAGAUGAAUCAGACUCGGAGCCAGAACUACCAAAUCCCUUUCGAUUCCUAGAUCUUCCUUCGGAAAUUCGCGAGCGAAUCUACCACUUUGUCCUUUUUACACCGACACGGCGGAGUGCUUUGUUGAAUCGCGGUACCGUUGGCGCUUCAGCGAAAAAGAGCAAAGCUGUGGCCCCAAUAUCGCAUCGCAUAGGCUUGUUCCUAGCCUCACGCCAAAUCCAUGAUGAAGCCAGCUACUACUUCUAUUCGACGCAAAUUUUUAGGGUCUUCCCGAUCCAGGAUUUUUCCCGUAUACCGACAGUUAGAGCCCUACCACGUCGUCAUCGUUCAUCUGUUACCAUCAUUGAGUUGAUUUUGGGCAAUAGUUGGACUGCACCGCCAAGGUCAUGGGUUGUCAAUCAGGGACUGGGGCUGCAUGACAUGACACUUACCCGCACUCUGAAGGUGUUUAUCGAGUGUGAUCCCUCGCAGCCAGUCUUCGAGGGGUUUCGAGUAUCCAAGGAAUACUACACUGAGUUCGCUGGAAAGCUACUGCAUCAGAUCCUAGAACGACUUCCUGGUCUGGUCCAGAUAGAAUUCGAUGCAUAUCCAUCUGUUCAGAAAAACGGGUCUCUGAUGAGACGGUUGUUGAUGGAGGCUCAGGAGGCCCAGAAGAGAGUCCUGUGGGGUCCAGAGAGAGGUUGGACAUCCAGUGAGACCGAAGAUACUGAGAACAUCAGGGACCCAGAAGUGGAUUCAAAAGUGGAUGCAGCUAGUGCUGCCGUUGACGGGCUUCGUGCCCAUAUUCCAGGCAAUAUUGAUGUUUUAGCCCACUCAUUGCAAGCCGUGAGCCUGGAUAUGUAG